AUGAACAGUAAUUAUCCCAGGUCUCUGAUGGACAGGAGAUCAGUAACUGCCCCUAACUGCAUGCAAUUGGCAGUGCCUCUACCCCCCGAGCCAUCCACACACCAACAUUUACCCCGUGGAGACAGUUUAACACAUUUGCCCUUCCUGGUGUAUCCAACUAACUUGGAGUCAGCCUAUUAUGACACUUACAGCAGCAUGUUUCCCUACAUGCCCUUCCACGGGCACUUUGGGGUCUAUGACUGUCCCUUUGAGCCUGCCUUCAUCCAGAAGAGAAACGAGAGGGAGAGGCAGAGGGUGAAGUGUGUGAACGAGGGCUAUGCGAGACUGCGAGACCACCUUCCGGGCCCCCUGUCAGAGAAACGCCUGAGCAAAGUGGAGACCUUGCGAGCAGCUAUCAGGUACAUCAAGUACCUGCAGGACUUACUGAGCCAAAGUGCAGCCAGGUCCCCACCUGGAACACAGCAGAGCCGGCCCAGCAGCAGUGAGGGGCCCCAGCAGGACUGUAACAGUGACGGCGAAUCCAAAACCUCCUCCCCUUAG